AUGGCCUUCUUCCCUCGCACCUUCCACCACCCCACCGAGGCCUCUUUCACGCCUCUCUUCCGUCUCCUUGACGACUUUGACAACUACAGCCGACAGAACGGCAAAAGCUGCCAUGUCCGCCGCCAGCCAGUUCCCCAUUGGCAGCCCAAGUUUGACGUGCGCGAGACCACCCAGGCCUACGAGCUCCACGGCGAGCUUCCCGGCAUAGGCAAGGAGAACGUCCACAUCGAAUUCUCUGACGCCCAGACCUUGGUUGUCCGCGGCAAGACUGAGCGCACAUACACUGCCGGCACAUCACCCACUGCUUCCGUCGAGAGCACUCCUUCUACAGAGAGCGUCGCCGAGAAGGCCGAGUCUGAACGCAGAAACUCGCAUCAGGCGACUGUUGAGGACGAAGACGAGGCCAGCGAGCGCGAGUCGGGCUAUGAGGUCGUGACCACCGAAGAAGAGAAGAAGCCCGAGCCCGAGACUUCCCAGCGGCCGGCCGACAAGGCCAGGUACUGGCUCACCGAGCGCAGCAUUGGCGAGUUCUCGCGCAGCUUCCACUUCCCUGCGCUGGUUGAGCACGACGCUGUCAGUGCGAGCUUCCAGGACGGCAUCCUGAGCAUCACCGUCCCCAAGGCGAAGAAGCACGAUGCCCACCGCAUCUUCAUCCAAUAA